GAUGUCGCAUGUCGCUACGCAGCUACGAAGUUCCGUUGAUUCCGUUUUGCGAAUUUCACAUCGACAUCGCCAUCCUGGGAUGUCUGCUGCGAAAAUGCAUGUGCCCGAAUAUCGCAUUGGUGUAGCACUUCAGUUGUGCCUGUAAUUAUGUGUUGAUACUUCUAUGUAACACAUGACACUUAAGAAACUGGUGUACCUCCGUUGUCCAAGUCUGUUUUCUGUCUUGGAAGGCUGCCUUCGUGUGGAGCUGCCAAAAAACGCACGCACGAUGGCAAGCGACGCACUGUGUGAUGCGACAAAGCGCCACGCUGACCGCAAGUUCUAUGAUCUUCCGGACUCCUAUGUUGUAGAAUCGUUUAAGAAGAAAGUGAAAGCGAAGAAGCUUGUCAGUGACAAAGAAUUUUUUAGUUAUAUUUACGACAGCAUAAUUGGUAGGAAUGCCACUUUCGUCGGUCCGUUCGGACGCAGACCAGUCACUUACUGCGACCAUACAGCAUCUGGAAAAUCUCUCUCAUUCAUUGAGGACUUCAUUGUGAAAGAAGUUCUACCGAUGUACGGCAAUACGCACACUACUACAUCCGUGACAGCGCUGCAGUCAACGCUUUUCAGACACGAAGCACGGGACCUUGUCCGCAGCAGUGUGAACGCCAGUGAAAGUGAUUCUGUCAUAUUCGCUGGCACUGGCGUGACAGGCGCUGUACACAAACUGAUCAAUGCGCUCGACCUGCAGAAAGCUCCGGUAGUCUUUGUUGACACAUUUGCGCACCAUUCAACAUUAUUACCAUGGAGGGAGACAAGUGCCGAGAUUAUUAGGAUACCUGAAACUCAAAGUGGACUUCUGGACGGUGAAUACCUUGAAGAGAAGCUGAAGGAAUUUCAAGGAAGUUCACGGAAGCUGAUCGGUUGCUUUUCUGCGGCGUCAAAUAUUACUGGAAUCCUCACGAACGACAUCAAAAUCACAAUCCUGUUGCAUCGAUAUGGAGCCCUAGCGUUUUGGGACUACGCCACAGCUGCUCCUUACGUCCAAGUUGACAUGAACCCAGUUGUGCCAAGUAUAGAUCAAAGCUUGGCAUACAAGGACGCUAUUUUCAUUUCUCCCCACAAAUUUGUUGGCGGACCUGACACACCAGGUGUGCUAAUCGCAAAGAAAAGUCUGUUUGCAAAUGCCGUACCAUCUAGUUGUGGCGGGGGAUCUGUCUUUUUUGUGUCAAGAACGGGUCACAGGUACCUGAAAGAAAUCGAGAUGCGCGAAGAAGGUGGAACUCCAUCCAUUGUAGGUGCCAUCCGUUGUGGACUUGUCUUCCAGUUGAAGGAUUCUAUCGACCCAUCAGCGCUGGAACUUAGGGAAGAAGAGCUGUGCAGGAAGGCAUUUAACGCCUGGAAGGACAGCCGAAACCUGGUGGUCCUCGGCAGCACAACGGUGCGACGGUUGCCGAUCCUAUCCUUCCUGAUUCAACAUCCAAAGUCCGGCCUCUUCCUUCAUCACAACUUUGUUUGCGCACUUUUGAAUGACCUGUAUGGGAUACAGACCAGGGGAGGAUGUGCCUGUGCUGGACCUUACGCUCAGGACCUGUUGGGAAUCGACGAACAGCUCGCUUUGCACUACGAAGAACUGCUUGCAGAGAAUAGAAUGCUGGACCGUACUCACCUAAGAAGGUACAUGGAGUACUCGGAACGAGAGGUGCUGCGUCCCGGUUUCGUCAGGCUCAACCUACCUUUCUUCAUGCCUGAUGAUGAAGUUGAUUUCGUGCUAAGCGCAGUAAAAGAGAUUUCUGAGCAUGGCUGGACUUUACUGCCUCAGUACAACUUUAAUCCGGAGACUGGGGAGUGGAAGCACAUGCGACACCAGGUCUUCAAGGACAGGAGGUGGCUGGGAUCUAUUUCUUACUUAGAAGGGAAGUUCUCUUACAAGAAAGGAGGGACACCUGAAGAUGACAUCCAGGGUUGUCCUGCGAGUUACCAGGAGAUCCUGUUGGAGGCAAGAAGUGUUUACGACAGUGCUACCAAGGCAGCACUCAGAGCACCCAUGGCUGACCAGGACAUCAUGUUUGACUCCGAGGCUGCCAAAUUGAGGUGGUUCCUACUGCCAAGUGAAGCCAAAAAUCUCAUGGUCGGGAACAACAUCCCGUUUCCGAAGCUGCCCUUCUCUCCCCCGUCACUACAGAAACAGUCUGGAAAGUUUGAGCCAUCAGAGUCGAGAACUCCUGUCACAGUAGGCAGUAACGUUCCAAAGACAUGCAGUCUCAUUGCUGAGACUGCAGACCCAACGGUUCAAGAGUUGAAGAAUGGCAUUGCAGUAAACUGCCGCUGGCAUUCACCUCCAAAGCAGAUCUUUAAACCAUUUUUGAAGGCUGUGACAGAAUUCAACAUGGUCGUCAACGGAGAUAGAGUCUUAGUCUGCCUAUCCGGCGGGAAGGACUCUCUGUCACUACUGCACACAAUGAAACAGUAUCAGCACUAUUCGAAGAAUAAGGGAAUUAACUUCAACUUGGGGGCUGUGACGGUGGAUCCUGGCAGUUCAUCCUACGACCCCAGGCCCCUGAAGAAAUACCUUGCAGCUCUAGGUGUCCCAUAUUUUUAUGAAGAGCAAUGUAUUGUGGAGCAGGCAGCUGCACUGCCAGAAUGCACAUCCAUCUGCAGUUUCUGCAGUCGUAUGAAGAGAGGCAGGAUCUAUGCCUGUGCUCGGAGGGAAGGUUACAAUGUCUUGGCUCUCGGUCAGCACUUAGAUGACCUCACAGAAAGCUUCGUCAUGUCAAUUUUCCACAAUGGUCGUUUAAGAACUAUGAAGGCGAACUAUACAGUCAAAGAAGGAGAUUUACGUGUGACGCGGCCAUUCGUCUACGUUCGAGAGAAAGACCUCAGAAAGUUUGCCGAACAGCGAAAACUUCCAGUCAUAGCCGAGAACUGCCCGGCAUGUUUUGAAGCACCAAAGGAACGGCAUCGCGUGAAACAGCUGCUGGCUGCUCAAGAAAUCCUUUUUCCCAAGCUCUUCUGGAGCCUCAGUUCAGCAAUGCAUCCGUUGAUGGCGAUCAACAAGACUGGUGUCGAAAGUGCGUUGUACAAAAACGUCAUGAAGGCAGGGGACGAUUCCGACUCGGAAUCGGAUUGAAGUGGAUGUGUACAACAGAUAUUGCUUACACUUGUAAAUAAGUAUAAAGGAGUUAUAUAUUUUAA